CGCCGUCGUCGUCGUCGUCGUCGGCGUCGUCGUCGUCGUCGUGGACAAGUGGUUGUGAUGCGUGCUAGUGGCCUAUAGUGGUGGUGCGGAUCGGAAAAGGUUUGAUUGAUUUCGUCAGGACGAGAGGGAAGAAACAAGAGAAACCACGAGAACGACGACAAGGCAUUGUAGUUUGUUCGCGGUGACAAGGUAAUACCGACGAUACCGUGCCGUCGAGACCGGUGCUGUCCGCGACGUACCUCGUUGCUCGGUAAUCACUCACCACCACCGUAAAUCGCUCGUUCCCUCUCUGCCUUCCUCCCUCCCUCUCCCUUCUCCUUUUCCUCCUCCUCCGCAUCCUUUUACUCCUACUCCUCCUCUAUCCGAGCAUCCUGCUGUCCUGAGCCAUGGCGUGCUGCCUGUCGGAAGAGGCAAAGGAGCAGAAACGUAUUAAUCAAGAGAUUGAGCGGCAACUUCGAAAGGAUAAGCGUGAUGCCAGGCGGGAACUCAAGUUAUUACUAUUGGGCACUGGUGAAUCCGGCAAAUCUACUUUUAUUAAACAAAUGAGAAUUAUCCACGGAUCCGGGUACUCGGACGAUGACAAGAGGGGUUUCAUUAAACUCGUAUACCAAAACAUUUUCAUGGCCAUGCAGUCCAUGAUCCGGGCGAUGGACCUCCUUAAGAUUGAAUACGCCGACUCUUCGAAUGUAGAAAAAGCGGAACUCGUGCGAAGCGUGGAUUUUGAGACAGUGACAACAUUCGAAAGCCCAUAUGUUGAAGCAAUCAAGGAUUUAUGGGCAGAUGCUGGUAUCCAAGACUGUUACGAUCGCAGGCGAGAAUAUCAGCUCACAGACUCUGCUAAGUAUUACCUAAUGGAGAUAGAUCGAGUCGCGGCACCAAACUACCUCCCCACAGAACAGGACAUUCUUCGUGUGAGAGUGCCCACUACCGGUAUAAUUGAAUAUCCUUUUGACUUGGAAGAGAUUCGAUUUAGUUAUCUUAGUGACCUAGAGCGUAUCGAAAAGCCCGACUUCCUUCCUACUGAACAAGACAUUCUUCGGGCUCGAGCUCCCACUACUGGCAUUAUAGAAUAUCCGUUUGAUCUGGACUCCAUCAUAUUUAGGAUGGUAGAUGUUGGUGGACAGAGGUCAGAAAGAAGAAAGUGGAUUCACUGUUUCGAGAAUGUCACUUCCAUUAUCUUUUUAGUAGCUUUAAGUGAAUAUGAUCAAAUCUUGUUUGAAUCAGAAAAUGAGAAUCGGAUGGAAGAAAGUAAGGCGUUAUUCAAAACAAUUAUCACAUAUCCUUGGUUUCAACACUCCUCUGUCAUUUUGUUCCUAAACAAAAAAGAUCUGCUCGAAGAGAAGAUUAUGUAUUCCCAUCUUGUUGAUUAUUUUCCUGAAUACGAUGGUCCACCCAGAGACGCUUUAUCUGCUAGAGAAUUUAUUUUAAGGAUGUUUGUCGAUUUAAAUCCUGACUCGGAGAAAAUCAUUUAUUCACAUUUUACGUGUGCCACAGAUACGGAAAACAUCAGAUUCGUCUUUGCCGCAGUGAAAGACACCAUUCUACAAUCCAAUUUAAAAGAAUACAAUCUUGUUUAGAUGGCAAUAUGUGAAAAUCCAAAUGGACUCAAGAAUUUUUCUUAUACCCUGACCGAGGUAUCAGUGUGAACUCUGUUAAGUUGCACAAAUGGAAACGUUAAAAGGGAGAAAAAUGAAAAUAAACAAUCAAUUGUGGUGCCAUCAGCAUACUGUCGCUGGUCCAUUACAAGUGUACCAACUAUUAGUAAAAUUAACAAAGGAAGUAACAGCGAUGAGCGAAC